CACUUUACCAUACACUUUUCAGACAAAAAUAUCUCCCUGUCUCUCUCUCUUUCGUCUCUUCAUUAUCUUUCUUCAAUUCUCUCGUCCACUUUUCCAGCGAAAAAUGGGUCCCACAAACGGCCACAUAGAAACCCCAACACUAGAAAGAGAAACCGCAACAAUCCUCCAACGCGUCACCGAAGAAGGCGGCGGAUACACCUUCGCGCGUAUGAUUACGGCGGCGCGUGAAGGUGACGCGCGUGCAGCAGAGGUGGCGCGUGAGAUUGCGUGGGAGCAGUUACACUGUGGGCCUUGGCACUCGGUCCAGCCCAUUUGGAGAGAAGCUUACUCAAUGGCGUGCUUACACGUGGCGAAACACCAUUUCUCCACCGGUGACUUCUCAGAGACACUGAAGACUUUGGAUUUGGGGUUGAUUAUGGGUGGGACCCUUUUAAGGGUUGACUUGGAAAGUGGGGUUGACAAAGUUAUGGGUGUAACUGCCAUGGAGGAGAGAGAAAAUGGUAAUGGUAAUAUUAAUGGUGGGUUGUUGUUUUCUUCAGUUGAUUUUAAUGAAGAUGAGGUUACCCGGUUAUUGCCUAUGAAAUCACUGUCCUCGAAGUUUGUUGCAAGGCGCUCUGAGUUGUCCCUGGAGGGGUUCCUUCGCGAGUAUUAUCUAUUGGGUUUACCCGUUAUAAUCAGUGAUUCGAUGUCUCAUUGGCCAGCUAGAGCUAGAUGGAACAACCUGGAAUACUUAAAGAGGGUUGCUGGUGGCCGGACAGUUCCUGUCGAGGUUGGGAAAAACUACCUAUGUUCAGAUUGGAAGCAAGAGCUUAUCACAUUUUCUCAGUUUCUUGAACGAAUUCAGUCUGGUAACACUUCUGCAGUUCCUACAUAUCUCGCACAGCAUCCACUGUUUGACCAGAUAAAAGAGCUUAGGAAGGACAUCCUUGUUCCAGACUAUUGUUAUGCUGGCGGUGGAGAACUGAGAUCAAUUAAUGCUUGGUUUGGUCCUGCUGAAACUGUAACCCCGCUGCACCACGAUCCACAUCAUAACAUAUUAGCUCAGGUUGUUGGUAAGAAGUAUGUAAGACUAUAUGCAGCCUCCCUGUCUGAGGAACUUUAUCCGCAUUCUGAAACCAUGCUAUGCAAUUCCAGCCAGGUUGAUCUAGACAACAUAGAUGACAAUGCGUUUCCAAAAGUGAGAGACUUGGAGUUUAUAGACUGCAUUUUAGAUGAAGGUGAAAUGCUAUACAUCCCUCCUAAAUGGUGGCACUAUGUACGAUCUCUCACACCAAGCUUAUCAGUCAGUUUUUGGUGGAGCAGCACCGAAGGAUCACCCUGAGCUAAUACUAUCGUGUCGUUGCUCAAGUUUUUUGAAGAUUUAUCCGGAAAAAUCGAUAGAAUUAGUGUGUCAACUCCGGAAUAUAGACCCUCGCAUUUGGUACGAUGUCAUUUUGAUGUGUAUAGACGCUUAGGCAUUUAGUCGUCUAUGUAAGACUCUGAGCUCACAUAAUGAUAAAUGUCAUUGUAUGCUUUAAAGCAUAGCCUAGAUAUUUUGUAACUAGUCCUUGUUAGAAGUUUAAUUUUCGAACGAAGGGACUUAGCUCGUAGAAUAAUUUUCUGAUAAAUCCUUGCUGAUAUCUGGAAAAAAACCCACCAUUUGAUAUUAUUAUCUUAAGUUCUUAA